CUCACAGUAGAUUAUCUUGACCUGAUUGUGCAUGAAGUAUAAUUGGGUUUUUUUGUUUAACAUUAGAUAAGCAUGAGACCGCCGUGGCACAGCUGCAUGUAUAUUCAUUCUUGAAGCAAUUGCACACUUUAUUGGCUGACAAUCUUGGCAUUUUUAGCAAAAAACAAAAGGCACAGGACAGCUGUGUUUGACUUGUCAAACAAAAUUUUGGGUGUCAUCUGAUGGAGCCUUCUGGUGGUGAACAAUUUUAUGAUGACCCCGACCCUGGAGGCAAGUCUCAAGAUCAAGAGGCCAAAAGGCAGCAUGAGUCAGAGCAAAAGUUGUCUAAAAUUACCCACAAUGCCUUGGAAAAUAUUAAUGUGAUCGGUCAAGGUUUGAAGCACCUCUUCCAGCACCAGCGCAGGAGGUCCUCAGUGUCUCCGCAUGAUGUGCAGCAAGCUCAGGUUGAUAUGGAGCCUGAAAUGGAACUGGAAAGCCAAAGCACAUUUGCUGAAAUUGAUGGUGUGUCUACCCACUCUACAGCUCUGAACAGAGUUCUUCAACAAAUCAGAGUGCCACCUAAAAUGAAGAGAGGAACAAGCUUGCAUAGCAAGCGGGGCAAGUCAGAUCCUCCAAAAGGAAGCCCUCAGAUCAACAGGAAGUCUGCCCAGGACAUUCAUUCAGGCCGACCCCGAUCCUCAUCAACUACUGAUGCUCCUACUAACUUAUCUGUGCUAGAGAUGGCAUCUCCCGUUUAUGUAGCUGGUGAAGAGACUCUUUCGGCAGAGCGGAUCGAACGGUUAGAUGUAAGCAGCCUAGCACAAACAUCUAGCGCAGUGGCCUCAAGCACAGACUGCAGCAUCAAUGCAGACUCUGUUGAUGGAACACCAGAUCCUCAACGCACAAAAGUGGCCAUCACCCACCUGCAGCAGAAGAUCCUGAAGCUGACGGAGCAAAUCAAAAUAGAGCAAACAGCUCGGGAUGACAACGUGGCAGAGUACUUGAAAUUAGCCAACAAUGCUGACAAGCAGCAGAGUGCUCGUAUCAAGCAGGUGUUUGAGAAGAAGAACCAAAAGUCAGCCCAGACGAUCCUCCAGCUGCAGAAGAAGUUAGAGCACUACCAUCGGAAGUUGCGAGAGAUUGAACAGAAUGGCAUCCCUCGACAGCCAAAAGAUGUCUUGAGGGAUAUGCACCAGGGGCUGAAGGAUGUGGGGGCAAAGGUCACUGGCUUCAGCGAAGGAGUGGUAGACAGUGUUAAGGGUGGACUUUCUAGUUUCUCCCAGGCAACACAUUCAGCAGCAGGUGCUGUUGUUUCCAAACCUCGGGAGAUCGCCUCGCUCAUUAGGAACAAGUUUGGAAGUGCAGACAAUAUAGCUAACCUGAAGGACUCCUUGGAAGAAGGUCAAGAAGAUGGGACUGGGGGAAAGACUUUAGGUGUUCAUAACUUUCAGUCGAGCCCAAAAUAUGGUAGUGAGGAAGAUUGUUCCAGUGCCACAUCAGGCUCUGUGGGAGCCAACAGCACCACAGGGAUCCCCAUGGGAGCACCAAGCUCCAAAACAAACACUCUGGAUAUGCAGAGCUCAGGGUUUGAUGCAAUACUCCAUGAGAUUCAAGAGAUCCGAGAGACUCAAGGGCGGCUGGAGGAAUCCUUUGAGAACCUCAAGGCGCUCUAUCAGAGGGAUUAUUCCUUGAUAAUGCAGGCGUUGCAGGAAGAGAGAUACAGAUGUGAACGGUUAGAAGAGCAGCUGAAUGACCUGACUGAGCUCCACCAGAAUGAGAUUCUCAAUUUAAAGCAGGAAUUGGCCAGCAUGGAGGAAAAAAUAGCUUAUCAGUCCUACGAGCGAGCCAGAGACAUUCAGGAGGCAUUAGAGGCAUGUCAGACCAGAAUCUCAAAGAUGGAACUGCAGCAGCAGCAGCAGCAAGUUGUCCAGUUAGAGGGCCUUGAAAACGCCACUGCCAGAAACCUUCUGGGCAAGCUCAUCAACAUCCUCUUGGCUGUCAUGGCUGUUCUGUUGGUCUUUGUCUCCACCGUGGCUAACUGUGUAGUCCCCCUCAUGAAAACUCGCAGCAGGACGUUCAGCACUUUAUUUGUAGUGGUCUUCAUUGCCUUUUUGUGGAAGCACUGGGAUGCCCUUACUGGCUACUUGGAACGAUUCUUUUCACCCCCUAGAUGAUGUCAAGAAGAACCGGCUGUUGCCCCACCCACUCCAGUUUGCUCUGGCAAGUGAGCGCGGCAAAGCUGAGUCAGCAACUCCUUCCUCCACUGAAGUUUUAAAGUGUCAGAGUGUGAAUUUGUUUACAGUUUAAAAAAAAUAACGUUUUCUCUCUAUGAGAUGCAUUGGCAAUAGUAUUUUUUAGAUUUUAUUCAAGAGCUCAUUUUUGGCAAAAAUCCUGGAUAAUUUUUAUGUAGCAUGGUUCUCUUUGGAUGCAAAUCUUAAGAUUCCUUAAAGUGUACAAAAUAAAAAAACACCGAUUUGGAGCACACCAAUGGGCAAUUUAAGUUACGGCUUGAACUACUGUACUAAACCUGUUGGGAAGAGGAGAAUAUGGUUACAUAAAGCAUAACAAAAGGUUAACCUAGUGCACAGCCUCGUACAAUGGUACUGGACGAUCCCAUAACGCUACUGUGAAACCUGACCACAUUCCAUGUCCGAAUGUCUAGCUUCAGGGAGGCUUUCUCUAAUCGAAGAUCAAUACAAUGCGUGGAACUCCCUGGAUUUCUUGCUAAGUUGGCCUCGUCUGCUAACAUGGCUGCCACUUUUUUUUCCUGUAAGGCCUGCUAAACUUUUUGGCUAGGUAUAUGAAGUGGAUGAAUAAUACCGUUCAGUAACUGCACAGUUGUUCUACAGUAUUUUGAAGUAGCCCUUUAAAUACUUUAAGCAAAAGCCCUUGGUUGCACUUUUACAGUUUUUUAAAAUAUGUAUAGUCAAAAAUCCGAGCGGCAUACUUGAAGAGUGUAAUACUCAAACUCUCAGUGCUUCCUUAUUGUUUCUAAUAGGAUUUUUUAUUGUUGUUAUUGGGGGUUGUUUUUGAACUUAGGGAUUGGGAGGGGGUUGUCUUUCUCUCUUUUUCCCCCCUUUAAAAAUAAAGAAGUGAUGUUCUUAAAUGAAGAAAUGUGUGAAUAAGUGUGAGGUGUCUUGUCCUGAAACAGUUUUGAGGAAGGCAGAAGGCAGCUUCUAGCGACACCCAAUCAGAAGCAAUUUUUGUGUCAUCCUGCAACUUGCAGAUGCAGCAUUGGGGGCGGGGGGGAUCCUCUUUCGCCUCUCAGUCUUUGCACAGUUUUCCUUCUUCUUUUUUAGGGGCAAGAAUUAAAGCUCUGGAUCUGUAGCAUCCAGACUCAGAAUAUUUCCAUGAGAAAUAACGAUACCCUUGUUUGUCUUACAGAGAUGAACAGUGACUUUUUAUUUUAAGCAACCGAGAGAGCGAGCUGAAGUUCUGUUCUGAGAAAAUAAAUUGGUACUUGGGAGUCUCAGUCUCACUUGAUAAUCCAUAGGAUUUAAACUCUCAGAUUAGACUCCUGCAUGCCAAAGUUGAGGUUGUUGACUGGAUGUCAGCUACCCCAUAACUUAAGAUCUAGUCAAGAAGUGACCCUGGGCCUUUAAGGAAAAAGUAAAUGCUGAAGGAUGUGAUAGGUCGAAAACCCAAUCCCUUAGACACUGUUGGAUUUAAUUUAUUAUUCAGAUAAACUCCCCUGUAACUGAAACCAAAGUUGCCCUGUUAACAAAUCCUAGCAAUGUUCAUUGUUGGUGUGUUUGUGUUUUGCACUCUUCUGUACAUCUUGUGCCCAUAUCAUAUAUUUCAGAGCGAGCCCCCCCACACACACACACAAGUUGUAAUACGCAGUCACGGUUCAUACAUUACCGAGAAAUAAGGAAGACUAGAAUCACCAACGGUUUAUGUUGCUUUCCCCCGCCCCCUCUGUUGCUCAUCACACUUUCCUCUGUUUCUAGCUUGCCAAGUAGGGACUCCUGCAUCUUUUGUAGAUGGCUCCCACCGGGACUGCCAAAUCUCACGUUUGCAGUGCUCACUUGCGUUUUAGGGAACGGGGCAAGGAGAUGACAUCAGCCACUUCUGCUUUUUGGUAUCACAUGAACUGGGCUUUAGGAGUGCAAGAAUGUUGGUAGUAUUUGUGCAUCUUCAACCAUUG